AGCAACGAAACCUCCAUCAUAAAAGAAACGCGUUAGAGUUUCUCUCAUUCUCUAAGCGAUUUGUGUUUAACAAUUUUUUGGCGCGAACUUUCGCAGUCUUGUGAACUAUUUGAACUUUAUACAUUUCUUUGUUUUUUUUUUCUCCCCUCAAGUGUGUGUGUGCUUAGGGGGGCGUACGGUGUGUGUACGGGUGUGUGAGUUUAAUUGCAAGGCGCAUUUGAAUUAUUUAUGGAACAGAAGCACCAGGAACAGAAACAGCAACAUCAGCACCCUGGCAGAGGAGACCAAUAAUUGAGCAAAAGGGGGGGAACAAGAAAAAGAAAAAAAAAAGAACUCUGUUUUAUGCCACACAAACAGAAUGUAAAGUUCUCCCCAUUGGCUGCAAUGGCAUUGAGCAACAAGCCCAAAUAUAAAUCCCAUAGCGCUGCCGGCACGCAACUCCGCUGGCUGGACGUUUGUCUUAUCCAGCUGUGUCUGUUUACCAGAGUUGUCAAAUUGGCUGCAUUUGCUGAGGAGGUCAGCACUUCAACAGGCAUUUCAGAAGAAUGGGGCUCCGGAUGGAAGGGUACAAACUUUCUGGUUGAAGUUGAGGAAACGGCUGCAAUGUCCCCGGCAUCGUCGUCAUCUGGCUCAGUAUCUGGAUCAUUAGCGCCAGGCACGAGUUCAAGUACAUCGGAGGAUUAUAUUGGGAGCCAAGAGUUGGAGCCCGGAGAUGAUAGCACUGGAGCAGUGGACACCGAUGCGGGACUGGCCACGGGCAUUGCCAUGUCCACAAAUAGCACAAAUGUGGAGACGGGUCCCAAGAUUAUUGUACGCACCGAAGAGGUGUUAAUUGUUGGCCUCGUUCUCGUCCUUUGGGUGGGGGCCAUAAUGCUAUUUUUCAAUCGUUGGGGCAAAAUUCGUAUGCUGGAACCCUAUCAGCCCAAAUUUCAGCAACAACAUCGCAGCUCCUGUCCUCUGGUCGAUUUGGAGGCUGUUCAAACGCAUCAGCGCUCCUCCGUAUCGCGUAUGUCGAUGGGCAUGGUGCACAAUCUGAAUAUGCCAACGUGUCAAUUUACAGCCUAUAAUCCCAGUAUCUAUGCGAAGGGUUACGCCUCGCAUGUAUCACACGUGUCCCGGCCCCGACAGAAUUCCGUAUUCGUUGGGGCAAGUACCAGUCAUUGUUUGAUGCCAAAGCCGCCGCGUAAGACACGCUCAGCCAUGGAUUUGCAUUCAAUGGUAUUGGAUGAGUCGGCCGAACAAGUAUAGAGAAGCUCGUCCAGGGAUCUGUCUACCUAUACACACACACACACACACACACACACACACACAUACAUAUAAACAAUAUGGCUUUUGUUUUUCUUUUUAUUCUGUUAAUGUGUGUUAGUCAGUCACUCAGUCAGUCAGUAAGUAAGUACAUAAGUAAGAGAGUUUAUUCUUUUGUACCAGAAGUGGUUGGCACAUUUAUAUAAGAAUAUAUGUAUGUGUACAUCUAGAUAUAUAUGUAUUUAUGUAUGUAUGUACAUUGUACAAUGUUGUAUGUACGUUGUAAAAGAGAAACCAAACUAAUACUGUCCAAUUUAUACUCGUAUAUGCAACUAUUUACAUAUGUCAUCUAUCUUCUAUUCUCACUCUCUUCACUCUUCACUCUUCACUCUUUGCUCUUCGCUUGCCGCUAUCUAAAAUGUGUCUAACCGAUGGAUAAAUGGCUUAAUUAGUUUGCUUGAUUGUGGGGACUCAUCAACUGUUUUGGUCUCUGUCUGUCUGACCAGCUAGCUGUCUUUCAGUCAGUUAAUCUAUUUAUCUUCACCAGCAAGUCAAUUUGUUCGAGUCCCAAAUUAAUCUCAUUGCACACACACACACCAAAUUUCAGCAAUAUUAUCAAAGUGACAUAUAAAUUUGGAUUACACACACAAAACAGCUACAAAUCGGGUCAUAUUUAUAAGUCAUAUUGGUCUGUGUUCAUCCUAUUGAACACAUUUCUCUCUAUAUAUGAGAUAUUAAAACUCCAAUCAAUGAUUAAUAAAUUUCAAAAAUAAAUAUAGUAUAUUCAAAAAUCACAGUUUUUAUCUCUCUGUUGAUAGAAUUUUAAGGCUUCUAUUGGAAUUUCCAAGUCCUAAUAGCUUAAAAAAAUAAUUUUCCAAGUUCUAUUUUCAAAUUUUCUAUGGAAACUUUGUAUCUCUUGUUUGCCAAAAGAACUGAAGCCCAUUAGUCAAGUGACAUAUAAAUGUGACCAGCAGUGUACUGUACUCACUUACUCACACAAACACAUGCCAAUCCUCCCUUUACUCUGAAUAUUACCAAAUACCAAUACUACUAUAUCAUAUACCUACACAAAGUAUUAUAAAUUCUAGUAAUGUUAUGAAAACAAUUUCAAAACUAUAAAACGAAAGCACUUUCACAAUACUUAACUAAUUAGCUUUAAAUGAAAUGAAUGAAUUAUUUUCAAAUGACUAUGCCAAAGUAUAA